UUCUCUCUCUUCCCUCCACUCCACGCGCAUUAAGGGAGAGACAGACAGACAAAGAAAGAAGGGAACUUACCCAAAAACAAAAACAAAACAAAACAAAACAAAACACCCAAGCAAUCAUUUUUGAUUGCUCGGGAACAAAAACCAAAAGAAGAAGAAAAAAAAAAAAAACGAAAGCUAGGGUUUGGUUUUUGGGUGGAGAUCGGAGUUUGAUGGUUUUGAUCGGAAUCUGAAGAGAUGGCGGUGAUCUCUGUGCAUGGCGAGGUUCGCCAUCAGCAGCCGCAGGCGGCGGUGGCGGGAUCUUCUCGGUCACUUUUCGCGGUGGAUCGCGGCGAUGAGGCGUCUCCGCACAGCCUGGUGACCUUCAAGGGUUCCGAUUCCAUCGAAGUGGAUGAGGACACGCACUUAGCCCUAGCUCAUCAUAUGUAUAGGGCUGGAAACUACAAGGAGGCGCUGGAGCAUAGCACGACUGUUUAUGGGAGGAACCCUAAUCGGACUGAUAAUUUACUUCUUUUAGGUGCUAUUUACUAUCAGCUGCAUGAAUUUGACAUGUGUAUCGCCAAGAAUGAAGAAGCCCUUCGAAUUGAACCACAUUUUGCAGAGUGCUAUGGUAACAUGGCUAAUGCGUGGAAGGAAAAGGGCAAUAUUGACCUUGCAAUUCGCUACUAUUUGGUGGCCAUUGAGCUUCGACCCAAUUUCUCUGACGCGUGGGCCAACCUAGGUAGUGCAUACAUGCGAAAAGGAAGACUUAACGAAGCAGCACAGUGUUGUCGUCAGGCGCUUGCACUCAAUCCUGCUCUGGUUGAUGCCCACAGCAACCUUGGAAAUCUAAUGAAAGCGCAAGGAUUGGUGCAAGAAGCAUACAGUUGUUACCUCGAGGCUCUUCGGAUUCAACCAACAUUUGCUAUUGCAUGGUCAAAUCUUGCUGGUCUUUUUAUGGAGUCUGGUGAUCUUAAUAGAGCCCUUCAAUAUUAUAAGGAGGCUGUUAAGCUCAAACCUUCAUUUCCAGAUGCUUAUCUGAACCUUGGGAAUGUUUAUAAGGCUUUAGGAAUGCCUCAAGAGGCAAUUGUAUGUUAUCAGCGUGCUUUGCAGACAAGACCAAAUUAUGCGAUGGCUUUUGGUAAUUUAGCUAGUACAUAUUAUGAUCAAGGCCAACUCGACCUGGCAAUCCUUCACUACAAGCAAGCCGUUUCUGCUGAUCCAAGAUUUUUGGAGGCUUAUAAUAAUCUGGGUAAUGCUCUGAAGGACGUUGGCAGAGUCGAGGAAGCGAUACAAUGCUACAAUCAAUGCCUUGCAUUACAACCAAACCAUCCACAAGCACUUACAAACCUCGGGAACAUAUAUAUGGAAUGGAACAUGGUGGCUACUGCAGCUUCAUAUUACAAGGCUACGUUGAGUGUGACAACUGGAUUGUCUGCCCCUUUUAAUAAUCUUGCAAUAAUUUAUAAGCAACAGGGAAGUUAUGCAGAUGCAAUAUCUUGCUACAACGAGGUUCUUCGCAUUGAUCCUCUGGCAGCUGAUGGGCUUGUUAACAGGGGCAACACAUACAAGGAGAUUGGUAGAGUGAGUGAAGCAAUUCAGGACUACAUACAUGCAAUAGCUAUCAGGCCAACAAUGGCUGAAGCUCAUGCAAACCUGGCUUCAGCUUAUAAAGACAGUGGACACGUGGAAGCAGCUGUAAAGAGCUAUAAACAGGCAUUGCAUUUUCGACCUGACUUUCCUGAGGCAACUUGUAACCUAUUGCAUACGCUACAGUGCCUAUGCAGUUGGGAGGAUCGUGAUAAAAUGUUCACUGAAGUUGAGGCGAUUAUCGAGAGACAGAUUAAUAGGUCACUUCUUCCUAGCGUGCAGCCUUUCCAUGCCAUAGCAUAUCCUAUUGACCCAAUGCUUGCACUUGAGAUUAGCCGUAAAUAUGCUGCACAAUGCUCCAUUAUUGCUUCCCGUUUUGCGCUUCCUGCCUUCAACCAUCCUGGCCCGAUUCCUGUAAAGCGUGAUGGUGGAAAUAAGAGACUCAGGGUUGGAUAUGUCAGCAGUGAUAUUGGUAAUCAUCCUUUGUCACACCUGAUGGGGUCUGUUUUUGGCAUGCACAACAAAGAACAUGUUGAGGUGUUUUGUUAUGCCUUGAGUUCAAAUGAUGGAACCGAAUGGAGACAGCGUAUUCAAUCGGAGGCUGAGCAUUUUGUUGAUGUUUCUUCCAUGUCAUCUGAUAUGAUUGCUAAAAUGAUUAAUAAGGAUAAGAUACAGAUCUUAGUGAACCUUAAUGGUUAUACAAAGGGGGCGAGAAAUGAAAUAUUUGCCAUGCAGCCUGCACCUAUUCAGGUUUCAUAUAUGGGGUUUCCAGGUACCACAGGCGCUGAUUACAUCCAUUACUUGGUAACUGAUGAGUUUGUUUCACCGCGGCGCUUAGCUCAUAUCUAUUCAGAAAAGCUUGUACAUCUUCCCCAUUGCUAUUUUGUGAAUGAUUAUAAGCAGAAAAAUCUGGAUGUGUUGGAUCCAAACUGCCAGCACAAGCGAACUGAUUAUGGUCUGCCUGAGGAUAAAUUUAUAUUUGCGUGCUUCAAUCAGCUGUAUAAGAUGGACCCUGAAAUAUUUAAUACUUGGUGCAAUAUUCUUAAACGUGUACCCAAUAGUGCACUAUGGCUCCUCAGAUUCCCAGCUGCUGGUGAAAUGAGACUUCGUGCAUAUGCUGCUUCUCAAGGAGUGCAGCCAGACCAGAUUAUUUUCACGGAUGUAGCUAUGAAAAAUGAACAUAUUAGGCGAAGUGCUUUAGCAGAUUUAUUCCUCGACACACCUUUGUGCAAUGCACAUACAACGGGCACAGAUAUCCUAUGGGCAGGCUUACCAAUGGUGACCCUUCCCCUUGAGAAAAUGGCUACUAGAGUUGCCGGAUCACUUUGUCUUGCCACUGGACUAGGGGAGGAGAUGAUUGUUAGUAGUAUGAAGGAGUACGAGGAGAAGGCAGUAUAUUUGGCACUGAAUCGGCCAAAGCUCCAAGCUCUUACCAACAAACUCAAGGCUGCUCGGUUGCAUUGUCCUCUAUUUGAUACAGAACGCUGGGUAAGGAAUUUGGAAAGUGCUUAUUUUAAAAUGUGGAAUCUGCACUGCUCAGGCCAGCGCCCCCAGCAUUUUAAAGUCACUGAGAAUGAUUCCGAGUUCCCUUAUGAUUGAUGAGAUGGCUAUAAUUCUAGGAGACGGCACUGUAGAUAAAAACGCGAGGAAUUAUUUAGAAAUUAAUGUUUAAAGAUCCAGAAUGUUAUAAGAUAGAUUUGUGAAGAACGCAUUGGCGAGAUGUUUCCCGUUUAAGGGCAAAAAUCAUUUAUAAAUACAGAGUUUUUUUUUUUUUCUAGUCAA